GGCCAGAAGAAGGGACGCCAUGGUGCUGUCAGCCUUCUGGCUCCUCACCGUCCUGGCCUCGGGCCUGCUGAUCCUCUGGGUCCGCGGCCAUCGGGGCCGCCAGGGCCGCCUCCCUCCCGGUCCCUGGCCAUUGCCCCUCCUGGGAAGUCUGUGGCAGAUCGACCGCCAGGGUUUCCUCGUAUCUUUCCAGCGGUUGCGUGAGAAAUAUGGGGACGUCUUCACUGUGUAUCUGGGGCCCCGGCCUGUGGUUGUGCUGUGCGGGUACGAGGCCAUACGGGAGGCCCUAGUGGAGCAGGCUGAGGCAUUCUCUGGCCGGGGCACCAUCGCCAUCACGGAUGCCAUCUUCCAGGGGACUGGCGUGGCGUUCGCCAACGGAAAGCCUUGGAAAGCCCUUCGGCGAUUCUGUCUGUCCACCAUGAAGGACCUGGGGGUGGGGAGGCGCAGCAUCGAGCAGCGCAUCAAGGAGGAGGCGCAGUGCCUGGUGGAGGAACUGCAGAACUCACAGGGGGUUUACCUGGAUCCCACCUCCCUUUUCCACGCCAUCACGGCCAAUGUCAUCUGCUCCGUUGUUUUUGGCGAGCGCUUCGACUAUCGGGACCCAAUGUUCCAGAAGCUCCUGCACUUACUGAGUGAGACCUUUAUCCUCCUCAGCUCCUUCUACAGCCAGGUGUUUGAACUCCUGUCUGGCAUCUUGAGACACUUGCCAGGUCCUCACAUCCGCAUGAACAACGUCAUUCAAGAACUCAAGGAUUUUAUCAUCCAAAACAUCGAGAAACACCGGGAGACCCUGGAGCCCAGCAUGCCCCGGGACUUGAUUGAUUCCUUCCUGCUCCGUAUGGACAAGGAGCGCUCGCUGGCGGAGAGCGAGUUCCACCACACGAACCUGGUGCAUACCGUGCUCUCGCUGUUCUUCGCGGGCACCGAGACCACCAGCACCACGCUGCGCUAUGGCCUCCUGCUGCUGCUUAAGAACACGGAGACCGCAGAGAAAGUCCAAGCGGAGAUCGACAGGGUGAUCGGCCCCCACCGCCUCCCAGCCCUGGAGGACCGGACCAAGAUGCCGUACACAGACGCUGUCAUCUGCGAGAUCCAGAGAUUCAGCGACCUGACACCCAUAGGAAUCCCCCAUUGCCUCAUGAAGGACACCCACUUCCGGGGAUACCAUCUCCUGAAGGGCACCACUGUGUACCCUGUCAUGAGCUCUGCCCUCCAUGACCCACACUACUUUGAGAGGCCAGAUGCCUUCUACCCCGGUCACUUCCUGGAUGCAGAGGGCAACUUCAGAAAGCAGGAAGCCUUCAUCCCGUUCUCCAUGGGGAAACGCAUCUGUCUGGGUGAGAGCCUGGCCCGCUCCGAGCUCUUCCUCUUUUUCACCACCAUGUUGCAGAAUUUCUCCUUGGGCUGCCCCAAAGCCCCGGAAGAGAUUGACCUCACGCCGCAGGUGAACGGGCUAGGGAAGCUGCCCCCCGUGUUCCAGGUCUGCUUCCUGCCCCGCAGGAGAGGGGACAAAGGGAUGCAGGCCCCCCCACAGGCCUUCCCUUCAGCCCCUGCCCCUGUGCAGAGCACAUCCCUACAGGCCUCCUGAGCCCCCGUGGACAGUCCUUCUGGCAGCCUUACUCCCAUUCUGCCUGCUGCAGUCUUCAUCCCCUAUGUAAUUUUCACAGAUCACUAAGGAUAAAACCUUAGAGUUUCAGGGUCCAGAAAUACCUCAAUAACUUAGACUUAUCACCACAGUGAGAGAAACUGAGGCCCCAAUAUGGGGCAUGGGACAGCUGAGGCAGAAUCAACCCCAUCCAUGUGUGGAUCUGAGCUUCCCACCACCCCCACUUCCCUUCCCUCCAUGAAGACUAUCGUCAGCCUCUGUACUGUGG